AUGGCAUCUCCCGAAGAAGGUCCUUUAAUGAGUGCGACCGCAGUGUUCGUAACAUCAAUUGGGGUGAUUUCUUCUGUCAUCACAAUUGUUAUGAACGUCUAUUUUAUAAAAAAGAUUGAAAGAACUCGUCAGAAAAUGAUUCUCUUCUUCUACCGUUUAUUCCUCGAUGUCGCCUAUAAUGUUCUAGCUUGUGCCUAUAUGACAUUCUGCAUUGUUUAUUCAUUUUUCACUGAUGAGCUUCAUGCGCAACAAGUUUUCAUCCUUUACGUCGGGUUUCCACUUCAAACAGCAGGAGCUAUGAGAACGAUUGUAGCGGUGACAAUGUCGAUUGAAAGGGUUCUGGCCAUUUACACACCAAUUAUGUUUCAUAAUUAUCGCCAUUUAUGUCCUUCUAUAAUAAUUUUGAUAUUAGCUAUUGGCUUGGCAAUGCUCGAAAAUCUAAUAUUAUACCUUUUUUGUACUUUAAAUAUAUCCGCAAUUCCUCGAGACUGUGGAGUUUUGCGUUGUUCACUUGACAAUUGUUAUUUCAACUAUUGGACAACUGAUAGAUCGGUGUUAUUUGCUCUUAACUUUGCAUUUUCUGGUUUAUUAUCUACAAGACUGCUUCUCUUCAAUAAAAAGCAUAAUCAUAAUGCCGGCGAAGAGCAUACAAAGAUAAAUCAUAUUGCAUUGAUCGACGCUGCGAACGUAUUCCUAUGUGAUUUUCUGCCAACUUUCUCCAACUAUGUUAAUGACUAUCCAUUUUUCAGUUUCAAGAACAUAGGACCUUAUGUUUAUAUCAUAAAGCUGGUUGGCAGUGCUGUAGAAUCGUAUUUUAUUUUCAAGGUUUUGAAGAGGAGAAGCGCCCGGUCGAGUGUUGUAGUAAUAACUCGGACUUUUAAUAGCUGAAAGAAUUUUGGAAUCAGUUUUUCGGUUCUAAUUUAGUAUUGAUUUAUGUGUAAAACUGUAGUACUUGGUAUUUAUAUACAAUUGAUAAACAAAUAAUUCUACCCCCGCUAGCUACAUAUGCUCUGUUAUUCCUUGUUCAAAUCAUUUUUAUGUUCAUUUUUUAUAUUUUCUAUUAAUAAAGCUUACAUG